GACGAAGAACGCCACCAAUGUAAACAAGAAAAGGACAAAAAAAUAUACACAAAUAGUACAAAAGUCGAGAAAAAAAUAUAAAAUGGAAGAGGAAGAUUCGAAAAAACUUGAUGAACCAGCAUCGUCCUCUCAGAAAAAUAUGGAUAACACACUACCAAAUACAUCGAAUCCAGCGGUUUUCGGGCACCACUAUUACAAUCCACAGUGGGUGAUGUACGAUAAACAAACACCAGCACUUUUAUACAACAACGCUGUGCAUUUUACGGUAUCUUUUGACGGAACGCAUUACUUCCACGAACAAUAUCAAGGUCAAUUCUGUGCACCACCUGAGGCGACAAUGGUUGUUAGUCAACAAGAGGAAGCACAAAGCAAGUCAACUCGUGCAGAGGGGAAUCGAUAUAAAAACGAAAACCAUGAGAGUUUUAGCAUGUGGGAUCAACCGCAGGUACUGCUAAAUCCGUAUCUUAACCCAUGGCAAAGGAAUAGCACAAAACCACCCAGGAGACCUCGCAAACCGCAUCACAAACACAAAAAAGAUUCUCGACCAAAAAAGGACGUUCGUAACACAAUGGUUCCAUUGUUCCCGGAAAUCUUUGAUUUAGGUCGGGAUAGUUUACGAUGGUAGACUGGUAUUCACAUUAAAAUGCAUAGAUUAAGAGAAUUCACAGAUGACUUUAAAAAUGUGAUAAGACGAAUAAAGAACUUUCUCUUUUAUGAGAGUUGAA